CCAGAAAUCUGCUAUGGCUUCCCACUGGCUGGUUGUAGAACACGGCAAACAAAUCCGGCUGGAGGGCUUUGCAGACCUCGGACAAACCGCUGGAUGCAGUGCUUGAUGCCAAUUUGACAGACCACCUCGAAACCAUCUUCUGCGUCGCCUGUGCCUCAACAUUUGUAUGAUCAACAUUUAUUCAAUGUUGAUAGCAGAAGAUCCACAUUCAAGCGUUCCAUCUUGGAUUGUUUAUUUUUUCGCGGGAGGAAGUCAACAAGCAUGCCCCAAAACCGUACAAACAUAACGCCACACCCCUCUAUUGGCUUGGUGUUGAAUUACAGAGCAACGCGUGACCUGGCCGGAGAACCAUCGAAUGUCGAAUGACGCCGUAGUCGCUGUGCCGUCACCGCAACGCGGGAGCAUAACUCAAGCUUUAGUCCGGUCUUUGAAGGCCAUGCCAACAAUGCUGGCUACUACGCCAGCCUUGAGCUCCCAGAGGGCACCUGUUCCUACACCAACCCCUAUGCAGACGGUAACAAGCAGAUCUUCGUCUACUUUGACCCCGUGCACCUUUGGAAGAACAUCUACAGCAGCUUCCACAACAACGGCUCUAUGGUGCCACCCAGGUGUCCUGGGGCUGAAGUAAGUAGCCAGCAUUAUUCACUUAAUAAAAAAGAUUAAUCAAAACACCUAUCUUUCUAAAACAAACAUGUAUUUUAUGAGCCUGAGAGGAUGAGGACGGCCCGAUUCUCAAGCCUGAAGGUGCUGGCCAGGUGGGAGAACUACAAGUCUGAGAACUACAAGUUGACCCAGACGGUUCUGGCGCGCUCUUUGAUCGAGAAGCAGAGCGUUGGGCUCAUCGUGGCGGUCGUCAACCUCACACUUUGCAGUGACCAUGGGCAAGGAGGAACACAGGGACACGGCCGACAUCUUGGAGAUGUUACAGAGGACAAGGGAGAGCUGGAGAUGGGCCGGGCGGUCCUCAAACGGCCAUCUCUCCUCAUGGCCCACUUGGUGUCCUUCGGAAUCUCGCUGUGGGACUCCCUGAUGUGCAGGAAGCACAAGAAGGAGCACAGGGUUAGGUUCCUCUGCCUUGCCAUGCACCACAGUGACGGCUUCAGGCACCUGCUGGAGUUCCUGGUGGCCACAGACCCGACCUUGCAGUGGUACAAGUGCCAGGAGGGGCACAGGCUGGCCAACACCAUUUUGCCGCACAUCAGGAGGUCCCUCUUCAACUGUUUUGGUGCCAACUUCUUUAAGGAUGUGACUUCAGAAGCGAGGAAGAACAAGGCCUUGGUUAGCCCGUCCAGCAGGAAGAGGAGCAGAGUCGAGGAGGGCAGAAAGGAGAGAGCGAGGAACAGGAACUUGUUCAAGUCGAGGAAGCUGACCAGAAAACGCAAGGCAUAGAAAGAGGCUAUGUGAUUGUUGAAAGACGAGGCUCACAUCCUGGUAACACGACAUCGAUUAUUUGCACUUCCUGAAUUAUAGGACUAUUUCAUACACAUUUUAUAUUUAUGUUUAUUUAGACUUCAUACUUUAUACUUGCACGUCACUUUUAAGAUUUUACCUUAUCUUAUCCUGCACUGUAAAGGGAGAUGCUCCACAAUUUCAUUGUACAACUGUAUAAUGACAAUAAAGGGCUAUUCUAUUCUAUUCUAUUCUAUUCUAUUCUAUUCUAUUCUAUUCUAUUCUAUUCUAUUCUAUUC